AAGUUAGAAUAAGGGAAUAUUACAUUAUUUUAUGAGGUCCAAAAACGAGCAAGAAAAUUAACAAGCCUUUAAAAGAUUCUUCACACACGAUCAAACACACCACAAGAGAAACAAAGAAAAAGUGGACCAAUCAAGAUCAAACAAUGGAUGGAGAAAUCAACAAUUUCAUCAUGGUAUGGACGAUAGCUGCAUCAACAAUGUCCUAUUGCCACACAAUUGGUAACCUAAUCUCUCAUGGCACACCAAGACUCAUAGCUCUCAUCCCUGCCAUAAUCCUCCUCUUUCUCCUCCCUCUAAGACUCACCUCAAUCCACCUUGGAGGCCCCUCUUCUUUCUUCCUAGGUUGGCUUUCCACCUUCAAACUCUUUCUCUUUGCCUUUAACAAAGGUCCUCUCUCAACUAACCCUCCUCUCUCUUUACCUCACUUCAUCUCCUUAGCAUCCCUUCCCAUCAAAUUCCAACUCCAAACCAAUAAUAGUAACCUCAAAAAAGACCACAAUUCAAAAUCUAAACCAUCCCUUAGGUAUUCAUACGCAACUAUUAUUAUCAUAUUAGCUUUCCUAAUUCCACUAUAUCGUAAAAAAGAAAAUUUCCAUCAAAAAUUUGUUUUUUUACUAUACGCCCUCUACAUGUAUAUUGGUCUUGAAUUUUUCUUUGCUUUGGCCUCAACGUUUACUACAAAGCUUCUAAGUGUUGAGUUAGAGCCACAAUUUGAUAAGCCAUAUCUAAGCACUUCACUUCAAGACUUUUGGGGGAAAAGGUGGAAUAUUUCGGUGAAUCGCUUACUACACCCCACCGUAUACGAACCAGUGAUGAGUUUUUGCAGCCGUUGGAUUGGAAGAAAGUGGGCCCCACUACCCGCGAUUUUCGCUACGUUCACCAUGUCGGCUAUAAUGCAUGAAGUUGUUUUUUAUUACAUCAAAAGAGAGAAACGCACGUGGGAAAAAUGGGAACCAUCAUGGGAUGCAACGUGUUUUUUUAUUUUACAUGGGGUGUGUUUGGCUGUUCAAGUUGGGAUUAAAAAAGCUUUUGGAGAGAAGGUGCGGUUACCGACGGUGGUUUCGUGGUUGCUCACGGUGGCGUUUGUGAUGUAUACGACGUUGUGGCUGUUUGUGCCGGCGCUGGUAAGGUGUCGUGUUUAUGAAAAGGCAUCGAGAGAGUUGAGUGCUUUGAAUCAGUUUUUGAAUGACGUGUACCAUCUUGUAAGGGUUGGCUUUUUUAAUGUGCAAAGAAAAAGUGGAUGAUAUUCUUCUAAAAAGUUUAUUAUUGGGAGAUAUACAUUUUUUUUGUUUUUUAGUAAUUAAUUCAUCUUUGUUUGUAGCGUGAGGUCUUAUUUUCUUCUUGUAGCAUAUCGAGCAUGACGUAGAUACUAUAUUAAUGGUUACUAAAUUGUUUUAUUUUCCAUAUAUUUAUGGGGUGAUGGUCUCAUAGUAUAAAUUUAUUUUAUCCUGUGAAUUAAUGACGGUCAUGCAUUCCGUCAAAUUAGACUGAAAAUUUUAAAAUAUUUGUAUGACAUGGUAAAAUGAUAUAUU